UCUUCUUUGUUUGCAUCUCCAGCUUGUUCUCUGCCCCCUUUUCCCCCUCGGAGUCGGCAACUCGAUCGCUCUAUCUGGCAGCGUAGGGGAGUUGAUGAUCGAGUGAUUGAAUCCCAACGAAGGCCUUCCCUGCGGGUGUGAUUGAGGAGCACUGCAAGCAUUGGACCUAUUUCUCUUCACAUGGGGGAGUAUCACAAUCCAGGGAACAAUUUCGUCGAUGAGAGAGCUCCCCCCAAAUUAGACAAUAUUCGGAAGGUCUCGGUCAUCCCCCUUGUCUUCCUUAUAUUCUAUGAGGUAUCUGGUGGCCCCUUUGGGAUAGAGGACAGUGUUCAGGCUGCUGGCCCUCUUCUGGCUAUACUUGGCUUCCUGAUCUUUCCCUUCAUAUGGAGCAUUCCUGAAGCACUGAUCACUGCUGAGAUGGGUACCAUGUUCCCCGAAAAUGGAGGUUAUGUUGUGUGGGUCUCUUCAGCUUUGGGCCCUUUCUGGGGUUUCCAGCAAGGUUGGAUGAAAUGGCUUAGUGGUGUCAUUGACAAUGCUCUGUAUCCAGUUCUUUUCUUAGACUAUUUGAAGUCUGGUGUUCCAGCUUUGGGAGGUGGGCUGCUGAGGACUUUGGCAGUGUUGAUACUUACAGUUGCACUGACUUACAUGAACUAUAGAGGAUUGACCAUAGUUGGCUGGAUGGCUGUGUUUCUUGGGAUCUUUUCAAUUGCUCCUUUUAUUUUGAUGGGGUUGGUGGCGAUUCCGAAACUCAGACCAUCAAGGUGGUUGGUGGUUGACAUAAACAAGGUCAACUGGAAUUUGUACUUGAAUACGCUUUUUUGGAAUCUUAAUUAUUGGGACUCAAUCAGUACUUUGGCAGGAGAGGUGGAUAACCCUAAGAGCACCCUCCCGAAGGCUCUGUUUUAUGCACUUAUCUUAGUUGUUUUUGGCUAUUUAUAUCCUCUUCUAGCAGGGACAGGAGCCAUCCCACUUGAUAGGGAGCUAUGGACGGAUGGUUACUUUUCCGAUGUGGCCAAAAUUCUUGCUGGGGUGUGGUUGAGAUGGUGGGUGCAAGGGGCUUCAGCUCUAUCCAACAUGGGCAUGUUUGUUGCUGAAAUGAGCAGUGAUUCUUAUCAACUUCUUGGAAUGGCAGAAAGGGGUAUGCUUCCAGAGUUCUUUGGCAAGAGAUCCCGCUAUGGGACUCCUCUCGUGGGGAUACUGUUCUCUGCUUCUGGCGUUCUUUUGCUGUCUUGGAUGAGUUUUCAAGAGAUUGUUGCUGCUGAGAAUUUCCUGUACUGUUUUGGAAUGAUUUUGGAGUUUGUGGCCUUCAUAAAGUUACGACUGAUCUACCCGAAUGCUCCUCGGCCUUAUAAAAUUCCUUUAGGGACUGCUGGUUGCAUUCUGAUGAUUAUCCCCCCUACUAUCUUGAUAUGUGUGGUUCUGGCGCUUGCCACAUUGAAGGUCAUGGUUGUAAGUGUUACAGCUAUGCUUAUUGGGUUCAUCCUGCAGCCUUGUCUCAAACAUGUGGAGAAGAAAAGGUUGUUGAAGUUCUCUGUGAACUCUGACCUCCCUGAUUUUAGGGAAGCCCAGUGUGAAAAUACUGUGGAGUCCUCCUUGAUCGAUUAGGUCAGUACCAUCACACAAGUAUGUUACCCUGAACUUUUAUGUACUGUAAUGAGAUUGAUGUUGCAGCAGUGCUCAAUUGUGCAUGCAAGCAAACUUCUCUUUGCAUCUUGCUGCCAAAGUUACUCUAGUUUUUCCGUCUCUGUAAGAUUUUAUCUCAAAGAAAACAUCUUAAAAAUUUGUGUGUCGAGAACA